AUGCACAAGGCGAAAGCUGACGAAGUGGGGGCAACGCAAUCGAGGAGGCAGGAGAGUGGUGAGUGUGUACCAGAAAAGAAAGCUUCCCUUGUCGUCCUGGCACCGUCCGACCUGUCCACGUCACAGAGCCAGAUUCGACAAGAGCCGGGAUUGCUGCAAGGAAGUCGAAGCAAGCAAAACAAGGUCACGUGACGGUCUUUCUCGCAACCAAGUUGCGCCGCGUUCUAUACGGGCGCGUCAUGUAG